UCCCGGAGUGGAGAGAGAGUAGUAGCAAAAACUCACUCAUAAAAACGUUCCCCAGCACAAGGAAAAAUACAAAAAAUGGAGAGAAAUUUCAGACAUCUCUUUCCAGCUCUUUCUCUUCUUCUCAUCAUCUUACUCUCCUUUUUCAUCAUCACAUCUUCAUCAUCAUCAGAUGAGGAGUGGGCCAUCAUCUCAAGAUUCCAGCAAUACCUUCAAAUCAACACCGCACAGCCAAACCCCGACUACGCCCAAUCCACCUCUUUCAUCCUCUCUCUCGCCAAAACCCUAACCCUAGAAUCUGAAACCCUAGAAUUCGCGCCGGGAAAGCCACUCGUCCUCCUCAAAUGGCCCGGCAAGGAACCCACGCUCCCCUCUGUUCUCCUCAACUCUCACACCGACGUCGUCCCCUCCGAAGCCCUCAAGUGGGCCCACCCUCCCUUCGGGGCCCACAUCGAUGAUGACGGCAAAAUCUACGCCAGAGGCUCCCAGGACAUGAAGUGCGUCGGUAUGCAGUAUCUCGAAGCCAUCCGCCGCCUGAAGAGCUCCGGGUUCCAGCCGAUCCGGACCGUCUAUCUCUCGUUCGUCCCCGACGAGGAGAUCGGCGGCCAUGGUGGCGUGGAGUCGUUCGUGGCAUCGGAGAAGUUUGGCGAGAUGGAUGUCGGGAUUGUGCUUGAUGAAGGGCUGGCAUCGACAGAUGAGAAGUACAGGGUCUUCUAUGCGGAGAGGUGUCCAUGGUGGCUUGUGAUUAGGGCGGUUGGGGCCCCCGGGCAUGGGUCGAAGCUUUAUGAUAACAGUGCUAUGGAGAACCUGAUGAAGAGUAUCGAGAGCGUGAGGCGGUUUCGGGCAGCACAGUUUGAUAUGGUGAAGGCGGGGUUGAAGGCUGAAGGAGAAGUCAUUUCGGUGAAUAUGGCAUUCUUGAAGGCGGGAACUCCGUCCCCAACCGGUUUUGUCAUGAAUCUCCAGCCAUCUGAAGCAGAGGCAGGUUUUGAUAUCCGGGUCCCUCCGAAUGCUGAUGAAGAAUCUUUGGAGAAACGUAUUGCUGAAGAAUGGGCGCCUUCUUCCCGUAAUAUGACAUUUGAGCUUGGACAGUUCAAGCAGAAAGGUUCGGUGCAUGACAUGUUUGGGAAGCGAGCACUCACUGCCACUGACAGUUCUAACCCAUGGUGGGCGCUUUUGGAGGAAGCUGUAAGGAAAGCUAAUGGCAGAAUCAAUAAGCCAGAGAUUUUUCCAGCCUCAACUGAUUCUCGCUAUUUCCGCCAACAAGGAAUACCAGCAAUUGGCUUUUCUCCAAUGGCAAACACUCCCAUUCUGCUCCAUGACCAUAACGAGUUCCUGAGCAAAGAAGAGUACUUGAAAGGAAUUACGAUGUAUGAGUCGAUCAUUGGAGCAUAUGCCUCUUAUGUUGGACCUGCCGGGGGUGAAACUUUGAAAGACGAGUUAUAAAGUGGCAGCAUGGCCAUUCCCUCUCUGCACAGAACACAUCUUCUGUGGGCCCCGCAUUGCAAUACAUUUCAUGGGUAAGACAGACCCUGGCCUGUAAUAUUGAAGAAUCAAAGCUGAGAAUGUAGUCAGCGACUACAUCUUGCCACUGAGAUCCAGAAACUGAACGAAGCAUGGCUCGAGUUGCAUUGUGAAUUUUAUUUGCAUUGCAAUUUGGCAAGUUUGUAA